AACGCUGAGAAUGAGGGCCAACAACAACCGGCACAACCCCUCGAGGAAUGCACUGACAGUUGUUGGGAUGAGCCCUUCAAAUCACAUACCGAUACCAAGCCGUACGGCCCGAUGUCAGUGGGCUGUGACUUCACAUUCGUUGACUUCGACAACGUUUACGGCAUCCCUGAGCACGCGGACAGGUUUGCCCUCAAAAACACUAAAGGAACUACUGAUCCCUACCGGCUAUACAAUGUAGACAUUUUCGAGUACGAAACCGAGACUCCAAUGUCUCUGUACGGCGCCUACCCCUUAAUGGUAGCCCACUCUACCUCACGAACAGUGGGCCUCUUAUGGCUGAACCCGUCGGAGACGUGGAUCGACAUCGAGUCGGCCAACACUGGCUUCUCCGGUCUCAUAUCGAAUCUGGUGUCGGGAGAGACCAAAAACAAGUUAACCCAUUGGUUCAGUGAGACGGGGGUCGUCGACGUGUUCUUCCUAUUGGGCCCCAAAUCCAGUGAUGUUAUGCAACAGAACGCCAAACUCACGGGAACUACACAACUGCCCCCUCUAUACUCCAUUGGUUACCAUCAGUGCCGAUGGAAUUACUGGAAUCAAGGCGAAGUAAGUGAUGUGGACAACAGCGCCGAUGCGCACGACAUCCCAAUGGACGCCAUAUGGCUGGACAUCGAGUACACGGAAUCCAAGUCUAAGAAGUACUUCACUUGGGAUCCGCAGACGUUCGGCGACGCAAAGUCGUUGGUGUCGAACCUGACAUCGAAAGGCCGUCGACUCAUCACUAUAAUUGAUCCGCACAUUAAGAAGGACUCCAAUUAUCACAUAUACCAAGAGGGCACCAAAAAUGGUUACUUCACUAAAGACAAUAAGGAUCAGGACUUUGAAGGUUGGUGUUGGCCGGGCAGCUCAAUGUGGGUCGACUACCUGAACCCGGACGCCGCCAAGUGGUGGAGCAGUAAGUUCGAGCCCUCGCACUUCCCCGGGUUUGACGGAUUGGUAGACAUCUGGAACGACAUGAACGAGCCGUCGGUGUUCAGCGGACCCGAAGUGACGGCUCCCAGAGAUAUGAAACAUUACGGCGACGUAGAGCACCGGGACCUGCAUAACAUGUACGGCUUUCUCAUGACAAAGUCGACGUACGAGGGGCUGACCCAAUACCGGCCGAACACCCGGCCAUUCAUACUGACGCGUUCAUUCUUCGUGGGUUCGCAGCGUCACUGCGCGGCCUGGACUGGAGAUAAUAUGAGCAAAUGGGAGCACCUGAGGAUGACUAUCCCUAUGCUACUGUCCCACUCCAUCGCCGGCAUCACAUUCAUCGGCGCAGACAUUCCCGGCUUCUUCUACAACCCCGAGACCGAGGAACUAGUGGUCCGAUGGUAUCAGACAUCUGUGUUUCACACGUUUUUCAGAGGACACGCCCACUUGGAUACCAAACGCCGUGAGCCCUGGACUUUCUCGGAGCCCACCAAACUGGCCAUUCGGGACGUAAUCCGUUUGCGUUACACAUAUUUGCCGCUAUUGUAUAAACUCUUCUAUGAGAACGAGUUGAAUGCCUCCAAUGAGACCCCUGUGGAUGACAUUCCCCGAAGACUUCACGACCCGCUCUCACUCGACAUAUUCCUCGAUAACGUGGGAUCAGCUGAGGGUCAGCUAUACUUAGACGACGGCCAGACGUUUGACUACAAGACGGGUAAACAUAUUUACGGCAAAACCCAGUUCACGAGAAAGACAUUAAGUUAUGAGAUAAUUGACGGCAAAUACGACGAGUCGAAGGCAUGGCUCGAAAGGGUCACUAUUUUCGGGUAUCCGUCGAAACCCCAGAAAGUGUUCAUCACUUCCGGCGAUAAGACCAAUCAAUUGGCGUUCAAAUACGACCAACAAAAACGUAUUCUAGUUAUACGCAAACCAGGGCUGGCCUUUACCAACAGCUGGCAAAUCAAGAUCUCUUAA